AUGGCCGCCCUGAGAGGGUUCAAGUUCGACAAACUCGCGGAGAGUCAAAGUCUAAGCGCGCAGGAAGUGGACCACCUAGACCGAGUAAGCAUGGUAUCCUUGAAGACGUUAAAAAUACCUGAACAAGUCAGGCAAAAACUACAAAACUUGGCAAAACAAUUUGUGAAAAAAAAAGAUCUGGAAAAAUUGGGAAGAUAUGUAAUGCAGAAAGUGACAAGCAGGAACUGUGUAGAGUUGCCUCGAAUUUUGCCCUCCAAAUUGGUGCAUCAGUUGCAGGAGGAGGAAGAGGAGGAGCAGAAAGGGGGAGAACCGCAACCGUGCAGUGAAGAAAAAAAAAAGAAACGAAGGGGAAGGAACAAAUUAGGUAACCUGCUUGAAAAGAAAUCAUACCAAUGUUUAAGGCAACAUUUGGAAGAGUACCAGAACAAGUGGAAAGAUGUGGAGCAGAUGGCAUUGGCGCACGCGGAGGAUUCGAGACACAUAGGAAGGAACGUUUCCCCCGCGAGGAUGACUUUCUUCCCUGAGUCGUCCAUCGCGUACACGCUUCACAAUUUUAAUGCUCACUACGGUGUUAUGUACCGAGUUCUGCACGAGAUCAGGACCCGAGUCCCAACAUUUAUGCCCAAGAAGGUGUUGAUCUAUUCAGCCGUCCCCGCUGUUGCGGUGGUGGCGGUGAAUGAGUUGUACCGCAGCGGGAGCAGCGGCAGUAGCAGCGGCAGCAACAGCGGCGGCAAUAGCGGCGGCAAUAGCGGUCACCACAUCGUGGCCGUGGAGUCCUCCGACUCGUUCGAAUCCAUUUCGAAAUAUCUGACGGAUCGCAUCCCAAACGUCAUGUACCAGAUGAACCUCUACAAUAUCAUGGACAAAUAUGACCUCAUCAUGACGUCGCACAUUCUACUAACCCUCUAUGAUUACAACGCAAGAAAUUUGUACAUAAAGAACAUGUGGAAUAGGUUGUCUACUGGAGGGAUGCUCAUCAUUGUAGAGAGUGGCACCCCCACUGGAUUUCGGAUGAUCCAUUCGAUAAGAGAGCUCUUUAUAACCGAGUUGAAGUAUGACCGGUUUCACUUCAUCGCCCCAUGCCCUCAUGAGAGCAUUUGUCCGCUAGCCUUAACAGGGAAGGACUGGUGCCACUUCUCUCAGAGGACACAUAGACUCUCUCAUCAUAUUUACUGCAAAGGUAGUCGAGCGAAGAAUGUAGACGAGUUAAAAUUUUCCUAUCUUGUGAUCCGUAAAUGUGAAGGCCCCAGAACAGCAUACAGAUCCGAAGCGGAGGCCUUGACUCCUGAGGAGAAAUCCUUUUUCUGGCCAAGGGUCAUCCUUCCUACCAUCAAAUCGGGCAAGCAUGUCCUAAUCGACGUAUGCUCCAGGCCGCAAAAUUUCGAGCGACUUGUCGUCACCAAAAGUUCAUCCCUGAUUCCCAAUUUACGAACAAGAAACGGCACAAUCCUUAAGGGCUAUGGAUACAAAAGCGCGAGGAAGUUGCUUUGGGGAGACCUCUUCCGCUUCACCAAGAGGAUUAGCCGCCCUGAUGCAAGACUGUACACUCCGGAAAGCACAAAGCAGCACCUGUACCGCCUGUACAAUCGACAAAAGCGCCGACAAAACGUGACGGACGUCGUCGACCGCCAGUCGCGCGAACACUUCGAGUCUCGCGCUGUGCAGUUUUACGGCUCCUAA